AUGAGCGACGUAGAAGACGAAGGAGUGUCAACAAUCUCGCUGAAAGUGAAGACAACUACCGCAGCUUAUGAUGUUCAAGUCAAAGCUGAUGCAACGAUUUCAGAUGACCACGAGAAAUUGGAAACUCACAAUAUUGGUGAUGGCAUGGCAUUACAUCUUGUUGUUCGACAGGGUCAAAAUCGCUUAGAUUACACGACAUUAUGUCAUGCUUUUCCUAUGAUUUCGUCGACAGCAACACUGCUUCAAAUCAAACUCAUCGAUCCUUCAUCCAUCACCUGCCAGGCAUCUGGCGGUUCACCAAUGGCUAGUUCUUUGUUUGGAGGAGAUAUUUCUGCAGGAGGACCUCAAGCGAUGGCUCAACAAAUGAUGAAUAAUCCUGAGAUGAUGCGUCAAAUGAUGGAUAACCCUAUUAUGCAGAACAUUAUGGGCAAUCCAGAAAUCUUCCGUUCCCUGCUCGCUAACAAUCCUCAGAUUCAGCAGCUCAUUGAGCGAAACCCAGAACUCGGACAUGUGCUGAACGACCCAGAUAUGAUGCGGCAAACAAUGGAAAUGAUUCGCAAUCCCAACAUGUUCCAAGAAAUGAUGCGCAAUCAUGACCUCGCGAUUCGUAAUCUUCAGGGUAUUCCUGGAGGUGAAGCUGCACUACAACGUCUAUACCAAGAUGUGCAAGAACCACUUCUUAAUAGCGCCACAACUUCUCGAAGUCAGCGAGCUGGCCAAGAAAACAGUGAAGCGUUACCAAAUCCAUGGGGUAGCGCUCUUCUUGGAUCAACUGGUAUGAAUUCUUUGAUGGAGCAGAUGAUGUCCGAUCCAGCUCUUAUGCAAUCUCUGAUGCGUCCUGAGAUGAUGGACUUAUUUAGACAAAGCAUUUCUCAAAACCCAUCAAGUCGUGCAGCAGCUAGCGGAACAACUUCGAGCACAACUUCCGAACAUGAGAACAUGGUGAUGUCCAAUCCUGACGUUUUGGCUGCUAUGUCAAAUCCUCGUGUUUUGGAAGCACUGCGCAUGGUUCAACAGGGCAUGGAUAUUCUUCGACGAGAGGCACCGGCCUUGGCAGGAAUGUUUGGAAGCGGUUUCUCGAAUGCACCCUCCGCGAAUGCUCAACGUAAUACAUCAUCGGCCAAUGGAGAAGAUCCAGUGAACGCAUUGAACGCUAUGUUUGCUGGAAUGAACACCACACAG